AGUCCUAAUGCGUACACCUUUCUUUCUGUUUUGAUUAAUGUGAUAACUGGAUAUUUGCUAAAAUAGUAAUGAGAGGUCUUUUUUUUAAAAAAGUGCUUCAUUGCGUGUUGGCGUCAUAGACCAUUACGUCUUGGGUGGCAUGCGUACUACCACUCGAACCGUAGUAUUACAACUUACUACGGGUACCUUCAACCCUUUGCUGCGUUCUUAGAUGUCAGUCGUCGGGUUUCGAUCAGAUUAGAAGAGCAGAAUAAAGACUGCUGGUGAUAGAUCUGGUUUAUGAGUCUGCGUUUGUGAUAUGGACAACAUCCUUGCAUCUGAGACAAGCAUUGGGGAAAUGCAAAAGCAUCAUAGUGUCCAGGAAACAGGAAAAAUGGAGCAAUCACUGAACGGACAAAAUCAUUCAGAUGAAAACCAGGCAAGAAUGAUGCAGUCUCUUUCUUCUCCAGCACCCAGCAAGAUAGCGGCUGAAGCAGACAGUAAUUUUAGCCGGCCACAGGCAGAAAACUGUAUUAUGCAGUCCCCUAUGUCUGCACCAGUGUUGGUUUUGACAACCAACAUACAAAAAGGCACAGUUGAAGCCAGUGUUUUGUUGGAUCCAUGUUCCAACCUGCCUGUCACUUAUCCUUGGAACAUUCACACUCUGGCUCAGGCCAAUCUUAUAUCAGACACACAGCAUGAAAUUGCCAAACAGCUGAUGGAAGAAAAUCAAAAAGUGGAAAGCAAGAAAGGGAAAGAAGCCAAUGGAGAUGAGAAAGGCCAGAUAAAUCCUGCAGAAAAAUGCUUGGCCAGAAGACACCAUGAAGGUUCACAGGGGAAUCAGAAAGAAAGGAAGAGAAUUGCGAUCAUUGAACCACGGCCUAAUGAACCCAAGUUGUUUGCCUGCUCUUACAAGGGGUGUGGACGGAGAUUUGCAUGGCCAGCUCACCUCAAAUAUCAUCAGCUGACUCAUACGAAUGACCGUCGCUUUGCCUGUGAGACAGAAGGAUGUGGAAAGCGCUUUUUGACAGCUCAAAGACUUCAGGUUCACAUGAGAACUCACACAGGCGAGCGACCAUUCGUUUGCCCUGUAGAAGAUUGUGGCAAGUCAUUCACUACAGCUGGAAAUCUUAAAAACCACAGCAGACUGCACACAGGUGAAAGGCCAUACAGAUGCGAAUAUUGUGGGCGUUCAUUUGCAGAAUACUCUAGUCUCCAUAAGCACACACUCAUGCAUUUAGGUAUUAAGCCAUUCACUUGUAGCAUUUGUGGGAAAGGAUUCUCACAGAGUGGCAGUCGCAAUGUGCAUAUGGAGGGUCACAAACUUGAGGAUACAAAACAGUCCAGUCAAAACAGUAGCACCAGCAACUUGGAUAAUGCUGUUGCAUCUGUCCCAGGUAGUGAAGACAAAGAGAGAUUGGCAGCCAAAGUUGAUGCACCCCCUGAUGUUUUGGUGUUGUGUGAUUCUAAUGAUGACAAUGUUCAGUACCAAGAUCUCCACAAUGCUGAAUCCAUCAUGUUUCCUCAAGGCCUUGCAGAUCAGGUUAUUACUGUAACUACUCAGCCAGCAGCAGUUGAGAUGACUCAUGAUAUUCUUGGAGCAGAAGAAGUACUGGGUGAUGACAGGAUUGCCAACCAGCUAGGCAGCAGUGUUGUUGUUUUAUCCCAGCCAGCUGAGAUGGCCUCCAUCCCCUCCUCAUACAAUGAUGAUGAUCCCUCAGCGUCUCAUGUGGACACCAGCAGCUAUGAUCAUACACACCUUCUGCACCCCGUGUUGCAUCAUGAGGAGAUAACCACAUCAGAUGACCAAGAUUUGGUUUACUCUUCUUUGGAGACACCGUCACAUGGUCGGCAUGACAGUCAGUCCAUGGUACAAGAAAUGGAGGCUGGAGUAGGGUCAUCUUCCAGUCCUCAUUCCAGCGAUAAUAUUCAUAUGGACCCAAUGAUGGAAUCUGACGAAGAACCAGACUCCACAGAUAAAACAUGACUUUCUGUUUCUGGGAAGAUAAGCAAAAUUCUUGGCUUCUUUUAAUGUUCCUGAGGAACAGUCAGUAUUGAAUUCAAAGAAUAGAUUCCUUGGCAUUGACUAUUCUUGAUACUUCCCAUUCACUCAGCAUGGUGCCUUGGGUGGGAUUGGGGGGUAGUGGUGGUUAGCUUCAUUUACUGUCUUCUUGAGAGAGUUGAAUAAAGAUUGUGUUGUUGCUGCUCAAAGCUUGUCAAGGAAGAUCAAUGCAGUCUACUACAUAAACAAUUUUGUGGUGCUAUAUCUGGACAAGGCAGCUACAACAAAUAGUAAACAGAGUUAUGAGCACCACAACCUACUGGCAGAUUUUCCUGAAACAAACCACUGUUGGACAAUUGUAUUUUAUUAUCUUCUUUGUACAUGUCACAGAAAAGAACUUGCUCAUGGUUAUCUGGAAUAAAUAGAUUAUUUGUACUGACAGCUGUUUCCUAUAUCAGGUGCAUGCAGUCUUGGAAUUGAUAAUAGCCACCACAGAAGUACUCAGUGUUUGAUUUAAAUUUAGGUUAGUUUUGUAAAUUUUGUAUGUAUUCAAAUCCAAAGCUUAUGCUUUGAAAUUCUUGCAUACGUGGUAUAGCAUUUGUCCAUGCAACCAGAUCAGUUUUUAAAGAAAAAAAUAUCAGUUUGGACAGUUUCUGAGGUGUCAACAUUUAUCUUGUAUGCCAGUAACUUUUUUUGGGGGGUUGGGCAUGCUCAAGGUGCUCUGCUACUUUGUUCUGGGUUGUGUUACAAGAACUCGCUGAUGCAACUAUAUUUGCCAAAGCAUGCUUCUUGUAUACCAAACUGAAGGAAAACGAAUAAACAUGUAUAAAACAGAAAGAAAAUUUAAAGCACUGAAAUUGAAAUGUCUUUGAAUUAUGAUUAAUAAUUUUCAGUGUGGUCUGCUAGAUUAUAAACAUUACAAAAGAAAAAAAAUUAUGCGUUUAGAUAAUACAUUUUCAACAUAAAACAACUAAAAUGCAUUCAAUUAUCUAUAGAAUAUCAAACUUUUUAUAAAAGUUUAUUCAUAUUUGCUAUAGAUAUUGCUGUCCCAAGAUGCUUUGUUGAUUGUCAUCAUUGCUUUGAUAGUGGAUGUAUCAAAUUUCUUUGUAAAUGCAAAGUAACAAUAAAUGUAAUCUUGCUGAUAGGAAAUGAAAGAAAAGUGACUAAUCUUUCAAGGUAUGAAAAUUGAAAGAAAUUAAAUCUAUAAGAAUGAAUCAUGUUUUUGUUUUGGUAUAUUUUGUAUAAUUACCAAAGUAAACUGUUGAUGUAGUAGCAUCAGGGGAAAUAUCUAUGGCCUUAAACUAAAGCAUUUCUAAUAAUUUGUCAAAUUUUGUUCUUUUAGUAACUUUUUUUUUAAUUCACCUACUGUACACAGUGGUGCUACACAGAAAAGAUGCUUCUGAAAAUUCUGAUGACACACUAAACAUGACAAAACAU